CAGACGCCCAGGAGCCUUCCUUAUGAUGGAGAUCACAAAUGAUUUCCAAGAAAAUAGAGGCGUAUCGCGACGCCUUGCCUUAGCCGUCCUCUCGGUCCUCCUGACCAUCAUCGCUUUUCUAACCGUAGCUCUGGUUCACGGAUUCCUGCUCCGGAAGGAAACGGAGACAGCAGGGGUCAGUCUAGGGACGUCGAUUCCCACAUGUGAAACUCCGGAAUGCCUCUUCCUAGAGCGGUUGCUCGAGAAAACAAUGAAUUUGUCGGUCGAUCCAUGCGAUAAUUUCUAUGAAUAUGCCUGCGGAAGCAUCGAUUCCAACCGGAAGGACGAUUCUUCUCGUGUUCGGAGAGUUUCGCAAAUUCUGAGUGAUGCAGGCGCUACUCUGGACUCCCGAGCGGAGAACCUCGCUCGGCAAUAUUUCAACAGAUGUUCGGACCGGGAAGAUAUCGCCUCUCGAGGAUUCGAGCCGUUCUUCCUCCACGUAGAGAUGGGAUUUGAUCGAUGACUUGAGAAACUCUUCGCGGAAAAUCAUCGCGCUGGACCGCAAUGCCGUUAACCUGACCAAGCUCUUGCAUCUGGAUGCGGCUCCGGGAACGGAUCCUCUGGAUGAUCUUCCGG